GUCUUUUAUCUCUCUCUCUCACACUCCCAAACAAAUCUUUGGUCCUUGUCUCUGAAAAUGGAACUCGCCGGCGAAACCAAAAGCCUCGCCUCCACCGUUGCUUCCUCUUCCUCCUCCUCCGUAUCAUCAAUCGACACGAGCCACGAUUGCGACUCGCCACGUGGCGGAGAUGUAGACCACGAAUUGCUACAUACGGCGGUUUCGGCGUCGGUAUCGGUUUCGGUUUCUUCGUCUUCUUCUGCUUCAAUCCGGAGAGUUCUCAGUUUAAUCCGAUCCGAGGAUCCUGAUUCAAGGCUGUUUGCUGCUAGAGAGAUCCGUCGGCUCACCAAGACGUCACAUAGGUGCCGCCGACACUUUUCCCAGGCCGUUGAACCGCUCGUUUCGAUGCUCCGAUUCGACUCGCCUGAAUCGCACCACGAGGCAGCUCUACUUGCUCUCCUUAACCUCGCCGUCAAAGACGAGAAGAAUAAGGUGAGCAUAAUUGAAGCUGGUGCUUUGGAGCCAAUCAUCAACUUCUUACAAUCAACUAGCCCAACACUUCAAGAGUAUGCUUCUGCAUCUUUGCUCACUCUCUCCGCGUCCGCUAACAACAAACCCAUCAUUGGAGCUAAUGGAGUGAUUCCUCUACUAGUCAAAGUCGUUAGACACGGAAGCCCACAAGCUAAAGCUGAUGCCGUAAUGGCACUUUCCAACCUCUCUACACUCUCCAAUAACCUAAGCAUGAUCCUAGCGACCAAACCACUCUCGCCUAUACUAAAUCUUCUCAAAACAAGUAAAAAGUCAUCCAAGACAUCUGAGAAAUGCUGUUCCCUGAUAGAAUCCUUGAUGGUUUCUGGUGAGGAGGCGAGAACGGGGUUAAUAUCUGAUGAAGGAGGAGUUUUCGCGGUGGUGGAAGUUCUUGAAAACGGAUCACUACAAGCUCGGGAACACGCCGUUGGUGUGCUCUUAACAUUGUGCCAAAGCGAUAGGAGUAAAUACAGAGAGCCAAUUCUUAGAGAAGGAGUAAUACCAGGACUGCUUGAGCUUACGGUUCAAGGGACAUCGAAAUCUCGGACUAAAGCUCAAAGGCUUCUCUGUUUACUUAGGGACUCAGAAAGCCCGAGAUCAGAGGUUCAACCCGAUACAAUAGAAAACAUAGUCUCGAGCUUAAUCUCUCACAUAGACGGGGACGAUCAGUCCGGUAAGGCGAAGAAGAUGCUAGCUGAAAUGGUGCAAGUUAGCAUGGAAAAGAGCUUGAGACAUCUACAAGAACGUGCUUCGACACUUGUCCGUCCUUAGAACCGGGAUCCAAAACCCGCAUUUACUUUGUUCUCUUCCAAGUAAAACAGUUUGGUUCCAUGUGGGCCGUGCGGCCGUGCCCAUGUUAAGAAAAUAGAAAUACUCCAUUGUGAAUAUAACCUUUUUUUCUUGGGAUAUAUUUUGAAAUGGAAAUUCAGUUACAGUGAUAAA